AACAAAAAGAAGAAGAAGUUACAUCCGCCAUUAAACACCAAGAAGAAGAAGAAGAAGAAGAAGAAGAAGAAGAAGUAGUUACGUUUCUAUAAUCUCAGCGGCCUCACCGACCUCAGGAACACACUACGGAUGUGUGUUUUCACAGCAUUAUAAUUCUCACAGACGGAUGUCAACAAAGUCGCUGGUUAGCGAUGUUUAGCUAGCGAAUGCUAACAAACAGCCCGUUCGCCGCGGUUGAGACUCAAAUCUUGGGGCUGCUGUUAACUUUCCCAUCGAGCCGGUUUGGGGACGUGUGUUUGUCCCCCUCAUCUUCUGCGAGAUGGGCAGUCAUUUCCGCAGCUACGUCUGGGAUCCAAUCCUCAUCAUCUCCCAGAUUAUGCUCAUGCAGUGCAUCUAUUACAGCUUCUUGGGUCUGUGGUUGGCUGGUGUUGAUGGUUUGGUCCAUACCAGCAGAUCACUCGACCAGAUAUUCAGUUACGAGGUUCUUGGCUUUUCAACAACACAGGGUCGCUUGUCUAUGAUGGCGUUCAUUCUGAAUUCUCUCACAUGCGCUCUUGGCCUGUGGUUUUUCAUCCGACGGGGGAAGCAGUGUCUGGACUUCACCGUGACGGUGCAUUUCUUUCACAUGAUCUGCUGCUGGAUCUAUAACGCCCAUCUCACAGCCACCCUGUCAUGGUGGUUGGUUAACGUGGCCUGCAUGGCCCUCAUGGCGGUCAUCGGCGAGUACUUGUGCAUGCGGACAGAGCUCAGAGCCAUCCCUGUCAACACGACACCCAAAUCCAACCUUUGAGGACUGUUUAAGAGACAGAUGUGCCACAGCUGGUGUGUAUGAGGUUGUGCAUCGGCGUGUUGACAGAUGCUGCUGUGGUUUUCUGAGAGAUUGAGCAGAAGUGACUUGGAUGUUCUGUGAUGUUUUGGUCACAUCACUGUAUUUAAUCCGGAUGACGUUGAGAUGGUCCACACGAGUUUCAUGCUGCAUCGCAUGAUAAUCCUCCCUCAAUCAGCAUUAUGAUGACAUUCGCAUCAUUUCAAAAUUACUAUUGUAAUUAUUCUUAUUUAGGACCAACACUUUAUCAUUCAUGGAUGGCUACUGAAAAUAUGAAAGUGAUGGUCUGUUUUAAAAGCAGCGAAAGCAUCAUGUGUAAAUCUUAAUCUAAAUAAAAUGCUAUGUAUUUCUGAAUACUUGGAUAAUGGUUCCUGUUGCUUUGGAAUGAAAUAAGAUAUUAAGUGGUUUUCCUGUUUUAUCAAGUCAUCCUUUUACAAAUACCAAUGGCAGAAUUUAAUUGACCUUAGAUGUAGUUUAUUAAACGAGUUUGUCAACAUGAAAUCAAAACUAAUCCUAUUUGCUUUCUUGAUUCAUGUUCUUGUUGAGUAUGUUAUUCCAAAAGACAAAGUGAAAAGUUACUAAGGUUUUUUUUGUCAUUGAAUAUCCUAUUUCUCUCAGAUAUCUCACAUUAAGGAAGUAAAAUGGCUUGCUAAUAAUGUGUCAUGUAUUUUGCAUUCAAUUUUGUCCCACAUGCCCAUCAGAAUCUCUUUCAAGAUUUGUUUGCAAUGAGUAUUUGAGUGAUAUAUGAACCUUAAACUUUUUGU